UUCUGAGCGUGGUGUGAGCAUGCAUUGAUGGAAGUGUAGGCGACAGCAGUGGGUUCAUAGCAGAAAGUCAGUUUCAACUUUAAUAUGGGUGUUGUCACUCCAUAAUAUCAAAAUGAAUUUACUUAACUGUAUAAUCUUCUACCCCUCAGCCGUGAGAAUCUGGGUUGUUUUGAUUGCUAUGGCCUUUGGGCCUUGAUCCAAAGACCACUGAAGUCAAUUGGAGACCUUCACAUUUGAAUUGGGUCCUAGAUGUUGUCUUUUUGUUUUUUCCUCCCCCACUCCUGUUGCACAACUCAAGCUACGGCAAAGAUGAAAAUUUCCUCAUUCGGCUGCAGCUCCAGAACCAGCUCCACUCAGAUGAGUUUGAUCAUUUUCCCCAUUAUUUGUCAUAUCUGGAAGCUGGAAUCAGCCCAGUUCGCAGUGGUGGUCCCUGAUCAUUCGGUCACUGCUAUCGUGGGUGAGGAAUUUGUAUUACCCUGUCACCUGUCCCCCAGGAUGAACGCUCAAAACAUGGAGGUGAAAUGGUUACGACCUCAUCUCUCGUCAGUUGUGCAUCUGUACCGUGAUGGCAAGGAUCGGAAUGAGUCUCAGACCCUAGAAUAUCAGGGAAGGACAGAGUUUUUGAAAGACGGCCUCUCCACUGGGAGUGUCGACUUGAAAAUACACAAUAUCAGACCCUCUGAUGAAGGAUUGUACAGAUGCUUCAUUCGAUCAAGCACCUUUUAUGGAGGAGCCCUGCUGGAACUGAAGGUAGCAGGUUUGGGCUCUGAUCCCCACCUCUCUGUUGAGGGUUACCAGGAUGGAGGGAUCCAAGUGGUGUGCCGAUCGGCUGGGUGGUACCCAGAGCCCGAAGUGCUGUGGCGAGAUCUGGGCGGGCGACGUUUGCCUUCAGUCUCUGAAACAACAUCCCGAAGGGAUAACGGCCUGUUUGAAAUGCAAACUGCUUUCCUUAUCACAGAACAUUCAAACCAGAACUUGUCAUGUUGUAUCCGGAACACCUUCCUCAACCAAGAGAAAGAAUCGACAAUUUACGUAGCAGAUUCCUUUUUCCCCAAAGUCUCCCUGUGGAUGGUGUUUCUGUGCGUGAGCCUGGUGGUUUUGUUUGUUUCCAUUGGCCUGAGCCUCUAUCUCUGUAAAGUAAAAGAGAAACUUGUAGCAGAACUUAGAUGGAGAAGAGUCCUCACACACCCAGUGAAUGUGACUCUGGAUCCGGACACGGCUCAUCCCCGACUCAUCGUUUCUGAGGAUCGGAAAAGUGUGAGGCAGGGAGACAUCCAGCAGGAUCUGCCUGACAACCCUGAGAGAUUUGAUUAUGAGUGCUGUGUGCUGGGCUGUGAGGGAUUCACCUCGGGUAGCCAUUACUGGGAGGUGGAGGCAGGGGAUGGGAAGUACUGGGCUGUGGGGGUGGCCAGAGUGUCUGUGAGAAGGAAGGGAGAAUUCAUGUCUAACCUAAACCCUGAGGUGGGGAUCUGGGCUGUGAGGCUGUACGGGGGUCAGUACCAGGUUCUCACCUCCCCAAAGAUUCCCCUGACCCUGAGGCGCGGCCCCAGCAGGAUCCGGGUUUGUCUGGACUAUGAACGGGGGCAGCUGGCAUUUUUUGAUGCUGAGAACCAGGCCCAAAUCUUCACUUUCCCGCCAGCCUCUUUCACUGGAGAGAGAAUCCACCCCUGGCUCUGGGUCAGGGGGGGGUCCCAGCUCAGCCUAUGUCACUGAGGCACGGGGGGAAAUAUCCCACUGAAAUCAGAAUCCCUAGUGUCUAUGAGCUGGGAGGCUCCAUGGGGUCUCUGGACUGUAAACACCAUAGAGAGCAGGAUGUCAUCAAGAAGAAGACGCCAAGCUCAUUGCUCCAGUGAUUGUUCAGUGUAUUUGACUCUGUUCUGUAUGAUCCAGGAGGACUGUAGCCCAGAGACUGACAGCUGGGAACCCAGGGAAGGGGGAAAUGGAAGUGAAAAGGAAAGAGGAAAAGGAGGGUGACAGUGAAACUGGUAAAUCCUAUUGAAAGUGAUUGUGUCAUUCAUCACACAGUUCAUCCGCUUGCUGCUUUAGUUCAUGAAAAGGGGGGCCUUAAAAAUGCUUUGCACAAAUUUUGGCCACUUUUUCUUUUCUCGUUAUUAAAUAAUCCCUUCCUUGUUACAUGACGGCCUCAUAUUUACGGUAAACAAUUUUCGAUAAAUAGAGCGUCCCUGUCUGCUUGGUGUUUCUCUCGUUUUCAUGAGUUGUUUUUUUUCUUCUUGUGAAUUUUUUUUUGGCGGGAACAGGUAGCAUCAAGGGAUUUGAGCCCUCACUGAUCAAAAUGCCUCUAGGAAAAGCGUGCAUGUGAAUCGAAUGGGUCUGUCGGCAUUCCAAAGUGAUGCGUUGCUUCUACACUCUGGGACUUGUGAUUUCACCGGAGAAAAAGAUUUGCUCAGGUUGUGGUCACAUGUCAGUGUGCGCUUGUGACCCUUAAGCACCCCUGUAUUCACACCCUGUUGUAAUGAUGUUUGUCCAAAAGUUCCUUGUAAGAUAUCAUUUGAAAACUGAUAGCACACUGGUCAUCAAUAUCAUUGUAAAAUGCCUGUGUUAACCUUAUAUAUGAAGUUAUGAAUUCCAUCCGUACCAUGUUACGGUUAAGACCGAUGUUUAAGACCAGACAGCCUAACCUAGGUAAGAGUGUUUAAACAGGUCUGUCCUAUAUAAAAGAAUGUGGGUUUACCUACAUUUACAUAUUAGCCGUAAACAAAGCUAUCACACUAAGGGCUUGUCUACCCUACAGGGUAUGUCAGUAUAAGAUAUGGCACUCCGGGGUGUGAAUAAGCCACCCCCCUGAGUGACAUACGUUACACCAACCUAAGUGCCGGUGUGCACAGUGCUAGGUCGGCAGGAGCACUUCUUCCACUGACAUAGCUACCGCCUCUCGCGGAGGUGGUUUUAUUAUGCUGACGGGAGAGCUCUCUCCUGUCGGCAUAGUGUGUGUCCACCAGAUACGCUACAGAUGUGGCGCUGUAGCGCUUCUCGGGUAGACGAGCCCUAAAACAACAGCCCAAACUUGAGAGACUGAGAAUUAAUGUGGCUCCUGCACCCCAGAGAGACACACAUGAGACUGAAUCCCCAGAAGGCCUUCCUGACUUUGGGAACAAAGCCAGUUCCUUGGGAAUAAAAGGGCCAUCUUGAUCUUUCACCUAAGAAGACAAGGGAACCCAGCACCUCAUACUUCUGUGAAAGGUCCUGACUGAGAGACACUCAGCCGUCAUGGGCAAGGAAUAAUUGGAGGGAGAAACCAUCUUAAACAAAAAGUGUAACUUGUGAGAUUAAGUUUUAGCCUUUUAGAUGCGUGUUUUCACUUUUAUUUGCUAGGAGCCAUCUCUACCUCUGUUCUUUUAUUUAGCAUCACUUAACCUAAGU